UUAUUAUUACAACUAAAAAGCGCCUUUCUUUCUCUUUCGCACCAAAUUUCCCUUUUUCUUCUUCUUUAUUAUUUUUUUUCUCUUUCUCUCUCUCGCUUUCCGAUUCCCCCCUCUUUUUCCCUCUCGCUUUCCGGCCAAGAUUGUUCGCUCGCUCGGUCGCUCCGCCGCAGAAUCUCCUCUCUCGUUAGCUGUAGAAGAAUGUGGCUAGCAUGCGUGUGGGAAGAGAAAGAGCAAGAGCUCGGAAGGCAACAAGCGCCAGGAACAUGUCCUUUCUGUCAAGGAAAAGUGUACGCCAUUGAUGUGGAAAGGCAAUGGAAGCUCUGUUUUCUUCCUCUCUGUCUCAAGAUCAAGAGGAAGUAUCUCUGUACUCUCUGUUCUCGCCGCCUCGAAUUGUGCCACUGGUAGUAGUACUGAUUAAUUAUAAUCUAAAAGAAAUUAAAUUAGGUCGUACGUGUCGAUCGGUUUAAUUUUCUUCAUCGAUCGAUUAAUCGUCUAAUUAUUGGAACCGCUACUGGUAAAAUUCAUGUGUGGCUGUUCUUCCUUCAAGUGUUUGACUGAAUUUUGAUGAAACGGAUGAGGAUCAGGAUCAGGAGUUAUUGGAUCUGAAUCGAAUUCAGAUGGAUAUAUAUCUCUACUCUAAUCUUGUUUUUGUACAGUAAAAUGUAAAAAAAAAAAAAAAAAGGUUGUAGAUAAGAGGAAGACACAUUUAUCUUCGGCGUUUCUAUAUUAAUUGAAAUAUUGGUUCAUCUUCUUGAUUGA